AUGGCGGAGGCGGCGGCGGCGGCUCCCGUGCGCAGCCAGCGCAUCUUCCUCAACCACCUGGACUCCUACUGCGGCCGCAGCGUCGGCGAGUAUUUGUCCAAGUGUGUUGUUGGGGCCUCGCUGGAGGAAGUCGGAGAGGAGGAGGAAGAGGAGGAAAAUGCGUCAGAUACUGAAGUUCCUAACUUGAAAGGAGGCCACAAGCCCAAGGAGGGAGUCUACCAAGUGGUGGGAACUCUUUCCAAAGCAGAGGGCAAUAAACCAUCUUUUGCAGUGGAAACCUAUGAAAUCUCCUCUCGAGAUGAACUUUUGAGUUACUUGCUUGAGUGCGACAUCAUUUUAUAUAAUAUCACUGAGGAUGCAAAGCAAAUUGAAGAAGCAACAUGGGCUGCCUCUGCACUACGUACAGAGAUGCAGCAUUUUGAGACACUGAAGAUAUUCAUUCUCAUUUCAACAGUAAUGACCUGGGCUAAAAGCAAACCCCUUGACCCAGAGGAUUUAGAAAUUGUUUUUACUGAUGAAGAUUAUCGCAGAAGAAAAUCUCAUCCUAACUUUACCGAUCACAUAAAUGCUGAAAAGCUUGUUCUCAAACUUGGAAAAAAUAACAAACAAAAAUUCACGACUUAUGUUGUUGCUUCAGGACUGCAGUAUGGAGCUGGUGAAGGAAUCUUGCAUUACUUUUUCAAGAUGGCUUGGCUUAGUGAGGCUCCUACAAUACCUGUUUUUGGAAAUGGAAACAAUUUUAUUCCAACUAUUCAUGUUCUUGAUUUAGCAGCGAUAUUACAAAAUAUAGCAGACCAUAAGCCUAAGACUCACUACAUAGUUGCAGUAGAUGAAUCUAUGCAUACUCUUAAAGAAUUAAUAAAGUGUAUCAGCAGAAAUCUUGGACCUGGAAAAAUUGAGAUGAUUCCAAGAGAAAAUGCGUUCCUGAUCAGAGAGUUAACACAAUCACAUUUGGAUAUGUUGUUUGUGAACCUACGAAUGGAGGCUAUUUUUCUGAAAGACAAUUUCAACAUUAAGUGGGUUGCUCAGACAGGACUGGUGGAGAACAUUGAAGAAAUCAUCAAAGAAUACAAGGAAAGUCGAGGAUUGCUGCCUCUCAAAAUUUAUGUUCAUGGUCCUCCUGGAGUCGGAAAAUCCAGCAUUGCUGAAAAUCUCUGCAGGCACUACAAGCUACAUCACAUUAAAAUAAAAGAUGUGAUUUCUGAAACAAUAGCAAAUCUGGAGAAAAUCGUGGCUCCAAAAGAAGUGGAAGCAGAUGAUAUAGAAGAGGGAGAAGAUGAUGAAGAUGAGAGUGAAAAUAUAGAGGAAGCACGAGAGUUAUUAGAUGAAAUCAAAAAAAGCAUGGAGCAAAAUGGAAAUCAAAUACAAGGCCAAUACAUUAUUAAAUUCACAAAAGAUAAGCUUAAAACUAUGCCUUGUAGGAAUCAGGGGUAUGUUUUGGAUGGAUUCCCAGAAACCUACGAUCAGGCAAAAGAACUUUUUAAUUUGGAAGAUGAAGACGAGGAAGAAGAAAUUAAAGGCAAAAUGUACAAAUAUGAUAAGUUAAUCACACCUGAAUUUGUUAUUUCUUUGGCUGCAACUGAUGAAUUCCUUAAAAACAGAAUAAUAAAUCUCCCAGAGAGUGUUGUUGCUGGAACUCAUUACACUCAGAACAAGUUCCUGGAUUCUCUUCGUUUUUUCAGAGACUAUAACACAGAAGAUGAGAGUGUUCUCAACUAUUUUGAUGAACUUGAAAUACAUCCUCAGAUUAUUGAUGUAGUCAAAUUGGAAGAUCCUGAGAACAGACUUAUUAUAAAAGAGAUCAUCAAAGAAAUUGGGGAACCUCGGAACUAUGGUUUGACAGCUGAAGAAAAGGAAAACUUAGAACGCAAAGCGGCUGAGGAACGCCUUGCCAAAGAAGCUAAAGAAGCAGCUGAGCAAGAACGUAAAGAAGCUGAGGAAAGAGCAGAAAGGAAGGAAAAAUGGGUAGAGUGGAACAAACGUCUGGCAGAAGUGAAGAGACAAGAAGAAGAGUUACUGGAGGCCCAAUCUAUUCCAUUACGAAACUACUUAAUGAAGCACGUCAUGCCAACACUUAUGCAAGGGCUAAAUGAAUGCUGUAAGAUCAGGCCAGAUGAUCCAGUUGAUUUCCUGGCAGAAUAUCUCUUCAAGAACAAUCCUGAAAUUGAGGGAGAUAAACCUUAAAUCCUGACAGCUGUAGAUACUGUGAAAUA